UCUUCGUUUUUUAAAAGACUUUUAUUUGCAAACUUUCCAUACGGAUAAACCUAACACAACUUAUAACUAAAAAUGUUUCGUCGUAUUUGUGUCAGUAAUUUCGCGAAGCAGUUCCAAUGUCGUGGAUUCGCUGCUUCGAGGCUGCUGCUUAACACGGAUUACCAAAUGUAUCGCACGGCUUGCGUUCGCGAGCCAGCCCCAGAAUUUACAGGUAAGGCAGUCGUCAACGGGAGCAUCAAGGAAAUCAAUAUCAAUGACUUCAAGGGAAAGUACGUUGUUCUUCUUUUCUACCCAAUGGAUUUUACAUUUGUGUGUCCAACUGAAAUCAUUGCCUUUUCAGAGCGUCAUGCCGAAUUUGAAAAAAUCAACACACAGGUGAUCGCUGUGUCGUGUGACUCCGAAUAUUCUCAUCUUGCUUGGAUCAAUACACCACGCAAGAAUGGUGGUCUUGGCGAAAUGCGUAUUCCUCUGCUUGCUGAUAAAACCUUGGAAAUUUCUCGUGACUAUGGUGUCCUCAUUGAGGAUAUGGGUAUAUCAUUGCGUGGCCUCUUUAUUUUGGACAAAAAUCACAUACUCCGUCAUUCCACUAUCAACGAUCUUUCUGUCGGUCGCAGCGUGGACGAAGCGCUGCGGGUCGUCCAAGCUUUCCAGUACUCCGAUGAGCACGGCGAUGUGAUUCCCUGUGACUGGAAACCGGGUCGGCUCACGAUGGAUGUCUCAAAGGCAGAUGAGUACUUUAAAAAUAACAUGUAGUCUCAUUUUUGUUUCUCGUACUGUUGUUUAGAGAUUAAUAUUGUUCUUAGUAGUAGUUAUAUGUGUAUACACGUUUUUCCUUUUUAACUCUUUGACACAUAUUGCUAUUUAAGUCCAUUAAUAUUGUUUCAGAUAAAAUGCGUCGAUGAAGAAGAAA